UCGAAAUAAAUCGUAAGGUUUUAAAAAUUCAAAUAUUAUUAUUGCUAUAUAUCCAAUCCAACGAACCAUCCAGCUUCACCUUGCGGACCAAUGAGAACCCUUCCCCGCGAUGGUCAUCGGCCGCUCCGACCAAUCGGAAGGCCAGACGGGCGGCUAUAUUGUCCAGUUCGAUCUCUCGGUCUUUAGGCGUUUUCCAGAGUGUUGACGUCGAGUUUUCCGUUACAAAAAAACCUAAAAAUAAAAUAACAAAAAAGGAGGUAUCUAGACAAGGCCAUGGAUUGGACAUGGCCUUCAAUCCGCGUCACGGAGACAUUUAGGGAUAAAGGCUGUAAUCUUCCCGUUCACAAUCUGUUAGUCUCAACCAACACACACACACAUCCCCGUCUUUGUUUGUCUUCUCUCUCAUUGGCUGAUCGUAGAGAGGUCAAAGUUCAAUCUGGAUUCUCAUUGGCUGUUGGCUUGGUCAAUGGAAGGCAUCGCAUUGUGUCCGCAGCUCAAGGAUAAUGGAGCUUUCUGAACCUUUUUAAAUAAUAU